AUGUUACAACUGUUUUGUAUUUUAGGUGAACAGGCUCGUAAAGCAUGGGCAAAUCUUAGAGACACAUUUAGAAGGAAACUAAAAACGGAUACUGAAACCAAAAGUGGUCAAGGAAGGUCCGAAAUUGUGAAAUGGCCUUUUUUUAAUACCAUGAUGUUUUUAAAGGACGUGAUGAUACCCAGGGAGAGCUCAGGAAAUUUGCCUCUCACGUAUGAUGAAAAUGAACUAUCUCCAAGUUAUUUAAGCAACGCCACGCUAGAAGAUGUAGAUGAGGAAAAUACAAAUGAUACAGAGGCAGAUAUCAAUUGUUCUAUCAGGGAACCUGAGGAAUCUGGAUCAGAAUUCACUUCAUUUGCCAAACCUCAAAGCAAACAACAGCCAUCAAGUUCUUUAAAAAGAAAUAAUAAAAAUGAUAAGGACACAAUUCUUUCAAAAAAACAAAAACAAAAUAGUUAUGAUUCCCAGGUGCUUGAAAUUGAAAGAAGGAAAAUUAAUCUGAUGGAAAAACGAUUUUCUCGACCAAAUACUCAUCAAGAUGAUCAAGACUACGCAUUCUUCAUGAGCUUACUGCCUUCCGUUAAGCAACUAAAUCAGAUUGAGAAAAUGAAACUACGAAUGAAAAUCAUGAAUGAUGUCACAGAUGCAUUGGAAGCACACCAGUUCGUGAAGGAAGUAAAUUCGUCAAGAAUCAUACCAUCACCCAUUGAUUCCCCUUUGUCGUCACCAUACAGUACUGAAGGUUCCGAGCAUUCUCAAUCAUCUUCAAUGUCGUUUCAAGCGAAUCAAGCAUAUCAGACUGAAGUACAACCUUCACAACAGGAUUUAUAUAAUCUAAUGAAUCUGUGA